GGAUGGGAACAGUCAUAUGCUCCCUCUUUCAGUUAAGGAAGAACUCCCUCUCCUUUCUCCCCUCCCCUUCCCUUUCCCUUCCUAUUUAGCAUGAAGUUGCUCACUUCUAACUCAGUAGUGUCAUCAGAGAUUAAAAACGAUUGUGCCUACUGCAGUGAGGAGAUUUUUUCAAUUGAAAAACAGUUGAAAAGUGAGGAGUAGAAAGAAUACAGAACUGCUCCUCUGAAAAUAUAGACCUCUUCUGCAUCUUAUCAACUUUAUUUCCCUAUCCUUCCAUCUUUGCUCAGGAUGACUUCAGAUGGCCUUUUGGCUGAAUAAGACGACAAGAGCUGAGAUCAUCAAACCACAUCUGGAAUGAAAAAAUAAAACCCAAAUCAUUUAAUCCUGGGCACCACUGCUUGAAGAUAUCAGUAACCUGGAAGAUUCUAGAGGAAGUCAGUCAAGGUAGUGAAAGGCUUUGAGUCUGUAUUGCUUGAGAAUGGGUUGAAGGAAGUGAGAAGUUUAACCUUGAAAAAAUCUGGGAGAAAGAGGUUGGGGUUAAAUUUUCAUGAUGCACGAAGCAAGGGACAGGCAGAAAUUUGUCAGUGAUGCUCAGUAUCUGCGGGAUAUGCAGCACAAGGUGGACUCCGAGUACCAGGCUUGCCUGAGAAGACAGGAGAAGAAACGAGAUCAGUUUUGUAGGCAAGAGUCAAGUUUUGAGAGACCCCGACCUUCAAGUUUAUCAUGUUCCAGACAGAACUCAGUUGAGGAAGAUUUGGGACCUGACCAAAGGUUAACAAGCAAGGCUUCUGUAACAAAAUCUGAAUCAAAGCUUCCAGCCAUAGACCAAACAUCAGUCAAACAGAAACAGAAAGUUACCACGAGUUCAAAGAAACCUGAGAAAAAUGUGGGCGGCACCAACAAACCAUCUCCACCAACACAGGCACAGAUAUUAUCAAGGAAGAAGAGACCCAACCUGGGGAGAUUGACAGUAAGCCCAGAAAUGCAGAGUAGAAGACCAUCUGGAGAUAGAAACAGGCAGAUCUCAUCGCUGCAGGCAAAAGAGCAGAUUCCCAGAGGAUCAGAUCCAGUAGGGCAACAAGAUGUGUGGUCAAAUGAUACCAAGAUGAAGAGGCAAAAUCGAGAGAGAAGAAACUUAGUUCCAUCUUCACAACUAAAUGCAGAUCAAAAACCACCCGAAAAAGUCUCCAAAGACUGGACUGCUCUUUCCCCAGCUCAGCCGUCUUUACCUCUAUCACCAUCUUUCCAAGGAGCAAAUGGUUCCCAGGCAUUGGGUGAAUCCAGUGUACCAUCCCUUAUGUCUACUAGCACAGUGCAACCAAGAAGGGCAUCAGUUAGGUUCAGAGAUGAAGACUUUUACUCCUUUUUAGAAUUAAAUACAGUUAAUACUCUAGGAGGAAAUGAAGACACUGAGGAUAUUACUCAUUUAGAAGAAGAAUUUCUACUUGCUGGUAUACAACCACCAGGUUCUCCUUUUAAUAACAAUAUUGGAUUUAGCAGGAUAUCAGUAACUCAGGUUGAAAACCACAACUCUGAAGAAGAACUUGAAAACAGCAGACCUAGUUCAUUAAAAAGAAAUGAAUCUGGUCAUCGCUUAUUGAGAAAAAGCAAUUUAAUGGACUCAGCUCUUGAACAGUCCUUGUUAGGACAAAGGCUACCUCGAGAUCAUAAAAUUUCUGAUGGCGAUUCCACUAAGGAAAAUGACUGUGUUGAUGAUGAAGCUGAGAAAACCUCAUUUAAUACAUGGGGUGUGAAAAAUGAAAACAGACAAGACAAUUGUCUUAACUUAGAGACUUUACCCAAUGAAUAUAGUUUUGUGGAAACUAGAUCUGGGAAUCAUACUUUUAAUAGAGACAGGCAAUCUUAUGGAAAUAAUCCUUGGAAUUCUUUUGAUUGCUUUCCUUCUACUAGGUCAGCAGCUCAUAGGUCAUUAUUGAAUUCAUCUUAUAAUACCCCAAGAUCACUACUCCAUUCUGCACAGCGAGCUGAGGUCCAGGCAAACUUAUCCUUAACCCCUGUUGCCCUUCAGAGUUCAGAUGCAGAGGGAAACUCAAGAUUUUAUGUUCGCCGACCUUUAUCGCCUAUUAGAAGUCGAAAUCCCUCUGCCGGUUCUGAAAACCAAGAUGCUUCACUACCAAUAGCCAAUGCAUCUGAAUUUUAUGUCAAGGAAAUAGAAGAGAAGAACUUAACAAGUCAAUCACCUGAGACUAUACUAAAUACUGAAGAUGUCUUACAAAAUUCACAAGAUGGCUCAUCCUCAGUGGAUCCUCCCAGCUCUCCUCCAUUAAGAAUGAACUUCAGAGGCCAUCUGCAUAUGUCAGAGCCAAUAGAAGAGGAAAUACCUUUUACUUUCUUUGCAGUGUCGGAUUUACCAAACCAGAUUGAAACUGAAAGUAGAAUGGCAGAUUCUAACUCCAUAAAUGUAAAGGAGAUUAAUCAGACAAAAGCAGAUCCUGACAAACUGAAGAAACUGCAAGAGAGUCUUCUGGAGGAGGAUUCGGAGGAGGAGGGAGACUUAUGCCGCAUCUGUCAGAUAGCUGGGGGUUCCCCCACCAACCCCUUGUUGGAGCCCUGCAGCUGUGUGGGAAGCCUGCAGUUUGUUCACCAGGAAUGCCUCAAGAAGUGGUUGAAAGUGAAGAUUACAUCAGGUGCUGAACUAGGGGCAGUGAAGACCUGUGAAAUGUGUAAGCAGGGACUGAUAGUUGACCUGGAUGAUUUUAAUGUGAAUGACUACUACAGAAAGCAUCAACAGUCUCGGGCACAAAAUGAGCUGAUGAACUCCGGUCUGUACCUAGUCCUUCUGCUUCACCUUUAUGAACAGAGAUUUGCUGAACUCAUGAGACUAAAUUAUAAUCGAGUGGCAAGAGAGAGGAAAAAAGCAAGUGCCCAAAAAUGUGCUGCUUCUGAUAGGAGUUAAUGCAAAGAUGCACAACUUUUCUUCUGGGGAAAUAAAGGUACAAAGGUGAAAAUUAGGAUCAUCUAGGCAAAUCAAGGAUAUGUGGUCACUUUAGUAUUGAAUCUCCUCCUUUCUAGAGACCUUUUUUCCUUUUCCCCUAUUCCUAGAGGUUCUAUGUUUAGUAGUUUCUCUAGAGACCCAGAAAGUAGGAGCUUUCUCAACUUAGCUAACACCUCCAAUCUCAGAAACAAUAUGGCAGCUAUGUUUUAUGAUGGAUUAGAAUUCACAGUGGCAGUUUGUAAACAGUCAUUAUCCUGAGGAGGGCUGCAAGUGAGAACUUUCAAUUCAUCUCUCCUUCUGGCCCUGGCCAGGUUUUAGCAUUUCUCUCUCAAUUUAGUUAAAAAGUCUUUUCAACUGUUCCUAUCCCAGAAAUUGAGUAUUAAGUAGAAAAUGAAGGCCAAAAAGGACCUAUAUAUAGGAAGGCCCAACAUAGUCUUGUAUAUGAUUGCUCCAGUUGCCUUUAAAGCAUAAAUGAGAGCAGGAAGGAAUCUUCAAGGCAUUCUAGCCCAACCUCCUUGUAGAUGACCAGGCCCAGACACGGGAACCCCCAUGGGAAAGGGGACAAUGAUUUUGAAUGAAUUUGAAUUUCUAAAACAAAGAGUUCUAGAAAGCAGGAAGGCAAAUAACUCAGUUCACAUAAGCUCCAAAAACCGUGUUUUGAAGCCUGAUAAGAGCAUUAAGAUUUACAAGGCACUUCACAAAUGUUAAGCUUAUUUGAUAUAAAGCCAUUUGGCCCAUUUAAAGGAAAUAAGGAAGGGACCUGUUUCCACAAAAAAACUGUCAUGACAGAAACAAGUUCAUUUUUCAAGUCUCGAAGUCUUUUAUUUUUUUUUAAGAAACAAUGAAAGUCUUUUUUUAAAAAACUACAAAAAAGUGACCGUGUCCUUGAGUCCAUGUUCACAUUGUCCUGUGCCUGUAGUAACCAGGCCCAGCUUGAGCCUUCCUGGGAUUCUUGUCACUUGCAAUUGAUACUUUGAAAGAUAGAUGGGAUCUCCUGAGCUGAGCUGAGCCGGCCUCAGCUUCUCUUCUGAAAGUUCUGGAACCAUUCCUCUAUGCUCCACUGGACAGAGUAUGUCAGGCACCAUGGGUCCAGGGCUCCCAUCUUGGAACCUUCAAUCUCUCAGAAACCCAGCUCCUCCCCUCUGAUGUCCUCAUCCGGUCCCUGCCCCAGGAUUAGUGGAAUUGUUGCCUCACUCCCAAACCCGUCAUGAGAACCAGGGCUAGAGAAGAUAAGGAACUUCAGUCCCCAUGGGGGACCGUUUCCCUAGCGUGAGGACCUCCCCCGACCUGCAGGAGCUGCCUCCAGCUCAACAGCCAGCUUGUAGCUGAUCAAGGUGCCCAGUGCAGCAGUCCCUUUGGUCGGUGUCUCAGCAACUCCUCCCUGACCCCCUCCCCCAAUGUCAGUCCCUCAGCAGGUAGAAAUUACCACCUUGGAUUGCUGCUCGGUCAUAGGGACUGAGCCUCACACCCAGACAGCUUGAUCCAUUGCUACCCCGUCCAUCAUUCUAAUCCUGGAGUGUUCCAUGGGUCUGUGCACCUCUAGGCAGCGAGCAUUCUUCCUAACUUCUCCCCACUUUCCCCAGGAUCCUCCAAACAAACGAGUGAGGGCAAGAGGAGCGGCUCCCCCAUUUGUGGGGAUGGGGCCUACCCAAAAUCCAGCAGUGACUGGCCAGGCAGAGAUGGAGGCUUCCCAGUCCCCUGAAACGUGAUACAACUAGAGGGUGACGGUGGGUUUAUGGUAGGGAAGGAGAGGAGGAAGGAUCAGGGAGACUGGAGGGAGAGAGGUCACUGAGAGCUGCCAAGGAACCAGGAAGAAGGUGCCAAAGGCCAAAGAGGUGGGGGUGGGUAAGCAGGGAAGCCAGGGCUGA